CCUCUGCCUCGCGACUUCAUGAUCGCUCUACGCUCCUGCCUCACUUUCCGCAUUUUCCCCGAAUCCCGCUUCAUCGCCUCAUCUCCUACCAUCUACACCUCAUUGCGCUUUCGCCACUCCCGCACGAUGGCUUCGAAAGCUUCGCUGAAGAGAGCAGAGGAUUUCGUGGAUUUUCUCAAUGCCUCGCCCAGUGCCUUCCACGCCGUCCACUCGGCCAAGCUACGUCUGGAGAAAGCUGGCUUUACCCAGAUCAAGGAACGAGAUGCCUGGUCCUCCACCCUCCAGCCCGGCGGCAAGUACUACCUCACCCGUAAUGCCAGCACCAUCAUCGCUUUCGCCAUUGGCGCCGCAUGGAAGCCCGGCAACCCCAUUGCGAUGGUCGGCGCACACACCGACUCCCCGUGCCUGCGGGUGAAGCCCAUUUCGAAACACACCGGCGAUGGAUAUAUGCAAGUCGGCGUGGAGUGCUAUGGCGGUGGCAUGUGGCAUACCUGGUUCGACCGCGAUUUGUCGCUUGCGGGAAGAGUCAUGGUGAAGGGAGCGGAUGGCGCGAUGGAGCAUCGAUUGGUCCGUGUGAACAAGCCCAUCCUGCGCAUUCCCAACCUGGCGGUGCAUUUCGGAAGCAGUGUGCCAUUCGAGUUCAACAAAGAGACUCAGCUCUACCCUAUCGCUGGCUUGGUAUCCGCUGAGCUGAACCGCACCGGCAAGACUGCAGAGGAGACGAAGAAGGCAGAAGGCGAGGCGGAGAAAGACGCCGACUUUGCGCCGUUGAAGGCGACGAGCCAGAGACAUCAUCCCUACCUCAUCUCCCUCAUCUCCAAGGAAGCCGGGUGCAAGCCUGAGGAAGUGCUUGACUUCGAGCUGCUCCUUUACGAUACCCAACCAUCACGUAUCGGCGGGCUGAACGAUGAGUUCGUAUACUCUGCCCGUCUUGACAAUCUCGGCAUGACCUACUGCACCGUCGAGGGUCUUAUCCAAUCCCUGCGCGCCCCAGUUGGAGGAGACGACAGCAUAAUUCGACUCAUCGCCUGCUUCGACCACGAAGAAAUCGGCUCGACAUCCGCGCAAGGCGCCGACAGCAACAUCCUCCCUGCCGUCAUCCGUCGCCUCUCUUGCCUGCCAGCUGCAUCAUCUUCGUCAGCGUCGGAAAGCAGCGAAGGCAGCUACGAGAAAGUCCACGGGCACAGCGGGGCAGAUGAUCUCAGCACAGCCUUUGAGCAAACCCUGGCCACCAGCUUCCUCAUCUCCGCCGACAUGGCGCACGCCGUGAACCCCAACUACUCCGCCAAACACGAGCCGCAACACCGCCCGGAGAUGAACGCCGGCACCGUCAUCAAAGUCAACGCCAACGUCCGCUACGCCACGAGCUCUCCAGGCAUCGUGCUCCUCCAGGAGUGUGCGCGGCGCGCCAAAGCCGCCUCCUUCCAGCCCCCAGGCGCCAAAACUUCGGCCGGCGGCGUGCCCCUGCAACUGCUCGUGAUGCGCAACGACUCCCCAUGCGGCAGCACCAUCGGACCCAUGAUGUCGGCCAAGCUGGGUGUGCGGACCAUUGAUGUCGGCAAUCCGCAGUUGGCGAUGCAUUCUAUUCGCGAGACGUGUGGGACGCACGAUGUCGAGCAUGGGGUGAAUUUGUUUGAGAGCUUUUUCGAGCAUUAUGGUGAGUUGGAGAAGAAGGUCCUGGUGGAUUAGAUAGGUGCUAUCAAUCAAGUGCUUCGUUUUGAAUGCUCGGGAAUUACUGCAGCUAGCUGAACGACACACCGCUCUACUGGAGCUGUGGAUUGAAG